UGUUUGGGGUAGACUGCAGAACAGCCUUUGUGGAUGGGGUUGUUGGGUCUCGAAGGGGUGGUGGUUUCUGGGGUAGACUGCAGAGCAGCCAGACGCACAGAUGUACUUUUAGCACGUGGAUUGUUGGGAGAUUACUUUAUUCUUGCCGAUUCUACUUGUUGCACAACUGAAAUGCUGUUUCAGCACCCCUUUGUUGAAGGUGAUCGUAAUGGAAGUGUUGUGUUGGUGAUUUAAUGUCGUCAGUUUAUGGCGAGCUAGCAUUUGAGAACUUAAAAGAUUAUUAUCCUGUGACUUUGGCAAGCAUUUUAGAGUUGCUCAACUGAGCGUCAGUGCUGCGGCGUCAUUGCUUCCCAACCCAUCAUGCUUUGAGAUCCAAAAAAGGUCCAGACACAUCUCAGUUUUAUUGAUUUCUGAAGCCAUUGAUGCGGACCAGUCUUUGAAGGAUGCUAGACCAGGUAUCAGUCUUCUGGAAUGCCAUCUAACAACAUUUGAAAGGUCUGCCCUUUUGUUCACCAACCAACCACACGUCUAGUUCACUUGUGGAUUUGCAUCGUUUGGGUGUUCAAUGUUGUCAUGGUAGUUCAUCCAUGCUAGCAAGGAGUUGCCAAACUUAUGCUGAAUCUUAUAUUCAACAAAUCACAAGAGGGAAAAUUUAUGAUCUAGGUACCAAUUCAGAUUAUUUUUUGUGGUAUAUUGUAUUUGUGCAAUAUGCUGACCUGAUAGCUGCUUCUACUGCAUACAUAAAUGAGAGCCAACAUAUUUUUGAUGAAUCAUGUGAAGAUUAUAUUUUGUCAGUCUUUGGUGGUAGCAUUACUUGGAAGCUGUUUUUGUGAUGUUAGUGAUACCAUGCUGUGUAUAGAGAAGGGGACAAAAGUCCACAAGUAUCAGUGUUGGUUCUUAUGGGUGCAUGAUUUGGAUUUAGUAGUGGAUACCUGAGGAGCCCCCCACACAACAACAAGAGAUAUUUAUCUUCUUGCUUCCAUGUUGAAGUUAACGACUACUUCCUUUUUGAAAGCUAUUUGGCGUGCAAGGCAUGGUGGGAAUUUGGGUUCUCCGAAAACCUUAAAAGAUGCUUCUUCAAAGGAAUAUGAUUUUGGAGUGGGUAUCAUUGGCUGUUUUCACCAAUUAAAUGUCUCUACCUAAUCAAAAAGUUCUUAUUUGACAUGAAGAAAUCCUCUCCUGCCCAAUGAUACAUAAGACUUCCAAGUGGGUGCUUCUGUAUUGUUCAGGCUUGGUACCGUCAAAUUUUUCCAGUGGUGGAUAGAUUUGUUUUAGUUCAGGGCUGCUGCAUAUCAACAGUCAUGGGUUAUUAAAUCUUUAUAUUGUUUUCUAAGAGGAUGAUCCAGUUUCACUUAGGUCAUUUAGUUUCUGUCUCUCAAACGUUGUCAUCUGGAUUGUCUUGUGACAAGGCUACAGAGGCCGUGGUGAAAAAGAAAUGUAUCGCAUUGAAAUUUCAGAAAUUUUAUACGCCUGAGAUUUCCGCCUUUAAAUUUCAGUGGCACAGCAGCUUGCAAUGAGUGUACUAUAUGGACGUCUUUCCCUUUCUACCAAUGAACUUGCAAGGCCCGGCUUUCGCAAGUUGGAUUAUAUUCAGUCGGCAGCGAAGCUCUUGAGGUUUAUCAAGUGUUUGGGCCGUAAAGAAAUCCCACAAGAAGAGCUGUUAGUGAAAAUCUUUUCAGAUGAUAUUGAAAAUCUGAUUGAGUUGCUUCACAUCUUGCUACCGGAACUGAUUUGUGAAGUAAAAGUGGGGGGCAAAUUAGUCAAGCGGUUUACAGAGAUGGUGUGUGUUGGACCGGCUCUUGAAAGGCGCAUUGAAGAAGAUCAAUUGAAUGCUAGGGAUGCAUUUAGGAUUAGGAAACUACGGGAUUGGCGUCUAGAUCACUUUUGCUGGGAGAUAUCAAAGGAGGAAUUUAAAGAUGCUAUUCUUUUUAGUCGAUUAUAUGAUGAUGAGAGGGCGAUGGUUGACAAACAACUGGAGCUAUUAGUUUUCCUCUUUCCUCAUUGGAUUUCAAAAGCACAGAUGAACGAUAAAUGGAUUCUUCGGGUUAAGAAAGAAGAAACUGAGGAAGUAGAAACGCAGCUUCAGCUUGCAAUGCGUUCAAUAAAGCCUCCACAAUCGCGUGGUAGCGAUGAAGUCUAUGAAUUCUUGUUUGCUCUUAGAAGAUCGUUUGUGAAGAAUGCAGGGAAUUGCUUCUGCUGCCGUGAUGAGCUCUACAAUGAUACUUUUAAGGAAGUCAUUGAAUAUCCCUGCAAUCAUCGAUUUCACAAGAGAUGCACUGAGGAGAGCAACACUGUUCACUGCCCGCUUUGUGCAGACACACAAAAGAACAGGAAGAAGCACAAGAAGACGCGAAUGAAGACGUAGUCUAUUGGUAUCAAUAGGUGCUCCUAAGAACACCACUUCAUUAGAGUCUUGAUAUAGUCUCUCGCUCUCUUUCUCCAUCACUGAAUUAUCUAUUAUAUUACUAGCUACUGUAUUGGUUAUUAUUGUGAGCAAAUGAUUUUGUUGUGCAAUCUAUGGAUGGGUUAUCUUUUCAUCUUAUAUUAUAUGCUUGGAAUAUGAUUGUGUUUGUAAGUAUAAUUCUUCCAA